AGCGACUAUUCGCUCAGUUUAUCUUCCCAAUUGUCCUAACAUAUCUUUCUCAUAGUGUUUUCUAUCGUUAACUCUUUGCAGAUCCAACUGUGACACUUUUGUUAUGAACACACUGGUAUACAUAUUAUACGGACCGUUGACUAGUAACAUAUCCUACAGUCGGACCGAACAAAGCUUUGGGGAAUGUAUGAGCCCCAAACUCGAGAUUUUGUCACCCGUAUAGGCUGGGAAGAGGUCUCUCAUGGUUGAUCGCACGAAAUCUACAUAAUGGCAAUGUCGAAUCCGUCAGUGACACCAUACAAGUCAUGUUCCAAAAAGGAUAUCCAGGGAUCAUUUGACCCCGGGAGCCCAGAGUUUCAACACGUUGAAAUGGCCUCUGGCCUCGAGACGGGGUCACGCCCUAACCCGAACACCCCUGUUGAUAUGACUGAAGAGCCUCAGUUCUAUUCGUCAAGAGCACCGCUCCCUUCGCGUACCCUGGCCAACGCGCGAGCUGCAUUACAACAACUAGCUUUAAAGUCUAGAUAUGAUUCUUCAUACAUGCAACUCAAGGAGUCUGACUCGCAGAGUCCAAUUGGUCUUCCUACGCAGCCUCCCCCAGCCCGGAUUGGGGGUCAAAGUCCUACAAGGUUCUCUAGCCACAAUGCAGGGUUAAUUGCGAGAUAUGCCCAAGCAAACUUUCUCCCAGCUAUCUCAUUUGGGGUCGAUGCACCCAUGCCGCGUUGGCGAAUCGAACAUGUUCACUCACACCUUGCACGGGGAAAAUUAGCGCCACGAUGGGUGUUCGAUGCUGGUACUGUCUUUUCCCGGUAUGGGUGGACGGAUGAUAUGAUAUAUGAAUACGCAUAUAGAUGGCUUGAGGAUAGUCUAGGUAAUCCGUUGUUCAGGCGAUACGUAAGGUCUAAGAUUCUAGACGGACACGGCGAGGAUCCACUGCCAUUCCUCCCACCGGCACCAAUUACAUGCUAUUUUCAGUCAUGGUCCGACUCGUCAGGAAUCAACAAUGAUAGGAGGUAUACGCCUCCCACUCAGCCGGACUUUUCUGACCAGCAGGCUGCUUGGAUAUACUUUGAACCCACCGAGGGCCACAACGAGGUAGACGUUGAACUUGGUCAAAAAAGGCCGACUCGUGCGUUGCGGAAGGCAAGUAUGGAUGAAGACCAGCCUGUGCCACUUGGUGGGUAUAGAUGGGUCUGGUUCACUGUAGCAUUCUUGGUACUGAGCAUGUUCCUUUGUCUUUUCUUGUAUGCUUUUAAGAUCAUAAAAUGA